GCCGAGUGCCGAUCGAGAUAUCUUUUCUUUCUCAAUUUUAACAUGCAUAAAAAUCAAUACUUCCAAUAGACCAAUACAAUACAUUUAUGUAAAUUUAUUUUGUACAAUUGUUAUUUGAAUAUUCAUAUGAAUAUUAUGGAUAAACAUCAAACGGGAUAUUAUAUUGUAACGCUUCAUAUCUCGGGAAAUCAACGAGUGAAGUCCGGUUAUAGUAAUUUAACCCAUUAAUUUGUAUUUAAGACACAAUGAGAAACGAGAGUAAUGUCUUACUUUGUGCAGUGUUUUACAUGUUAGUUUCAUAAAUAAGACACUUGGCGAACACCAUGAGGUUUCACAGACGAUGCGGUGACAGGGUUACACUCUUGCAUGAUAAUACAACUGCAGUGAGAAAUUUCGUAGAAUUCAAUCAUGGUCUAAUUUUAAGUGCGGAGCCUAUAUGUGAUGAUGUUAUAUUCGAAGUUUGCAUCGAUAGAAAGGUCAAUGUGUGGAAUGGCAGUUUGGAGAUUGGGGUCACAACCCUGGACCCUGAAUACAUGGAAUUACCAGCGACAGCCACCAAGCUUCGAAAUACAGCCUGGAUAAUGUCUGGCAGUUCAAUAGUUAAAGAUGGUGUAACUCUUAUUAAUUCAUAUGGCCCGGAACUUGAUACUCUUCAUGAAGGUGACUGCUUGGGAGUCAUGAGGACGAACAAGGGUGAAUUAAUGUUCUACGUGAACGGACGGUGCCUGGGCGUGGCGGCGCAGGACAUGCCGUCGCGUCUGUUCGCCGUCAUCGACCUGUACGGCCAGUGCGUGCAAGUGUCCAUCAUGCAUGCGAACAGCAUGCGGACCAUUAUGGAGAACAGCCUAGAUCAGAUUGAAGAGGAUCCGAACAACGAUGACACACUGACUUCUAGUGAGAUGGAAACAUCAGUGAAUCCAGAAACUUCUCAGCCGAAGCCCUGCAUAGAGAUCUAUGUGCCUAUGGACGCGGAGGGUGCUUGUGCGCUCGUUGCACAAGACCGGCUCCGAUUUCAUCCAAGAUGCGGAAUAUUAGUGAAAUUAUCAUCGAACAAUAAGUCGGCGGAACGGGCCCGGCCGUUGGACGACUAUAACAAUGGGGUGGUGAUGACUCACAGGCCGCUCUAUGAUAAUGAACUCUUCGAGAUACGAAUAGACCGACUCGUGGACAAGUGGAGCGGCAGUAUAGAGGUGGGGGUAACAACCCACAACCCGGCGACCAUCCGCUUCCCCUCCACCAUGACCAACAUGGACACCGGCACCAUCAUGAUGUCCGGCUGCAAGGUGCUGCUGAACGGCCACGGCACUUGUAUGGAGUAUGGGAACUUCAAUCUGGACGAAUUGAGGGAAGGGGACACGGUGGGCAUGAUGCGCAAAUCUUCGGGGAAGCUACACUAUUUCAUAAACGGCAUCGAUCAGGGUGUAGCCACUGACAAGGUGGACCCGCAGGUGUGGGGCGUCGUCGACCUCUACGGGAUGACUGUUAAGGUGUCAAUAGUGGAUCCCUGUGAAGAGCCCGACACCAACGUGAUAGACAUGCCAAGUGUGUCCAACCUCCCCGAGCUGCCUGCACCUGCUAGCACUAGCAGGUUCAGGCCACAGAUAGACGAAGACAGUCUUUUAUUUCAUUCGCUGCGUGAUUCGUAUGUUAUUAUUAUUAACGAUGGUAAGACUGCUCAUCGGCCUAACGCUUUCGAAUUCUUCAACAACGGAAUAGUGAUGACGAAUCGAACGUUGAGGACCAAUGAGCUGUUCCAAGUGAGACUCGACCUGGUCAUACCCAAGUGGGCCGGCAGUAUCGAGAUAGGGGUCACGCAGUAUUCCGCGAAUGAUAUAAAGAUACCGUUUAAAAUGAGUCACGCUAAAUCAGGCACUUGGGUCAUGGCCGGCGAAGACAUAAUACGAGAUGGAAGCAUCAUCAUACCGAAAUAUGUGAGGAACCUCAACAGAUUAUCGGAAGGCGAUACAGUGGGGGUAAUGCGCAAAGAUAUGGGCAUACUCCACUUUUUUGUCAAUGGAAUCGAUCAGGGUCCAGCGGCUUUCAACAUUCCGGAACAUGUUUUUGGUGUUGUCGAUCUACACGGUCGCGUGGCGCAAGCUACGAUCGUGGAUACGUACAUGCCGCAAACGACGUUCUCACCGGAGUCUCCUAAUUCCAUCGAAUCAGCUACAACCGUAUACCCGGAGAUGUGCUUCCACCGGGUGCACGGGCACAACGCGCGGCUGAGCCGCACGCGGCUCACGGCGUCGCGCACGGCGGUCUACUCGGAGUUCAACGACGCGGUGCUGUUCAGCUCCCGGCCGCUGCGGGAGUGCGACAUGUUCGAGCUGAGGAUCGACUCCAUGGUCGACUGCUGGAUCGGCAGCUUGGAGAUCGGUGUAACAGCAAUCCGGCCGGACGACCUCGAGGACUGCGGGCUGGCCGGCACCGCCACGGACCUAAACUACGACACGUACAUACUCAGCGGCUCCGCCAUGAUGAAGGACGGCGAGUGCGUGCGCAGCGGGUACGCGCUGGACCUGGACACGCUCACCGUGGGCAGUCGAGUCGGUGUGAUGUGGCAUGCGGAUAGGAGUCUCCAUUACUACUUGGACGGCAUGGACAUGGGGAAGGCGUGGUUUGUCCCGCAUCUGAAUAUUUACGCUGUUGUCGAUCUAUAUGGACAAUGUACACAGGUGACCAUCCUGCAGAACGAAGAGCGAACGUUCAACUACAAUGGCUGUCCACUGGCAGAUAACCCGUUUAUUGGUCUACCGAGGAUUUUGGCAACACCGCCGCCCCCAUAUUGGAGUUUCUCAGAAUAUUGUGGGGACAAUAUACGGCUCUCUCACGAGUACUCUAUAGCCAGACGCAUGACCAUGGACCCUACCGGCGCGCUCGUAUUCAGCUCUGGACACUUGGCCGUGGGAGAGAUAUUUGAGAUAAAGAUAACGCACUGCCAAGACACGUACGCGGGCGGGUUCCGUAUGGGUGUGACCGAUAUAAACAUAUUGAACGCUCACGUCAACAGGAGUCUGCCGCCGUCCAUCAUCUAUCUACCGCACUACACGGCGUAUAUCGAUGGUAGGUACAUGAAGUACACGAAAGCCGGCAGCCGCGAGCACGAUUGGCGCGCGAUAUCGCCCUCCUUCGAGUGGCUGAGGCCCGGGGACCGGGUGGGCCUGAAGAAGACCGUGGACGGACGCGUCGUGGUCUACUACAACUGCGAGCCAAUGGACACGGCGUUCGAACGGGUGCCCGACAAAGUUUACGUAGUCAUGGAGUUGUACGGAUGCGUGUACAAGAUACAAUCUGUGAAGAGAGAUAACGUAGUGGUGUUGCCACAGACAAUACCGAACGACACGUCGCUGUACAUAAAGCCGACCACCGAGGUGGAGCCGGACAACGCGUGCGAGAGCUCCAGCGAGACGGACGCGAGCGUGUCCGCGGCGAGCGUGCUGCCCGCGGAGCGCCGCCGCCGCUCGCCGCUGCCCUACACCUUCCACUACGUGCACGGCGCCAACAUACGCCUCUGCAGCUCCGAUACGGUAGCUGUACGCACUUCGGGGUAUCAAGAUGCGAUCGCAAUAGUCAGCCAGCCGCUGAGAAGGGGGCACAGUUUUAGAUUCCGCGUGGACAAAGUGGACGAAGAGUGGCAGGGCAGCGUCGCCAUUGGAGCAAUAGCGAUACUGCCGUCGGAGAGCGUGCCGCAGUGCGCGAUGCGGCUCGACCCGGCGGCUUGGGUGCUGAACAGUGAGCUGCUGUACGAUGGGACCUAUCUGAGCACACCGAUGGCGGUCGAGCUAGAAGACGUGAACGAGCAGUCGGUGCUGACGCUGCACUUCCGCUUCAACAGCGACCUGGUGGUGGACCUCGACGGGCGCGUGCUCGGCAUCAUCGGCUCCGUGUCCAGGCUGCACAGCCAUGUAUACCCGCUCGUCGACUUGUACGGGAAAGUGUGUCAGGUGUCGGUUCUGCUGCAUCCGUACUCUAUAACCAGUGGAACAUCACUCGACUUGCCAAUAAUCGCCGAAAAUAGAAGAGAGGAAACCUUAGCCGAACUUGAACUUGAACAAGAGAAUACAGAAUUGAGAUUCCAAAGAAGAAAUCGAGCACAUAGCCAGAACAAUUUGAUAGAAGAUUUUGAAUCCCCACAACCUGGCUCUAGCCUCGAAGUAGAUCUACCAGACAACGAAGCCAGAAUGGAAACAGUGCACAAUAGAGUCAUGCACCAGAGUCUUAUCCUACCAACAGUAGAUAACAAGGACCUGGAAUAUAGAUGCGUCCAGAAAAGCCACUCCACGCACAACUUCACCACAAACGAAUAUGAUCUUCUUGACCUCCGCCGAGCUUUCCCUCAAAGUAGCGAAGACAGAUUCUGCGACACGAACAUACAGCACAACGACCGAUACCCAGAAGCCAGUGAAUUGGAUCUAGACAAUGAGAUUAUGGACGCUUUGACGUUAGAAACUGGCAAUCUGCCUGACUUAACUGAAGAACAAUCGUCUUCUUUGGAUGAAUCGACGCGCCGUGACGACAGCUCAGAACCAUUGUCCGUGGAGAACUUGAACUAUUUAAAUCGCAUUCUGUGCCUCGAUCAGGAAAAUGAGAGCAGUCUCGAGGCGGAGUGGGAGGCAUCCGGCGAGGGCUGCGAACAUUUGCACCUGGUGCUGAAAUACUGGAACUUUUUGGUGUUGCCGUACCCGGAGUUGCGGCGCGCAGUUUCGUGGGGGCAAGUCAAGUGUUAUUGCACCAAUUGUGUGCCGGAUGCAGAGCCACCGUUUGCUGGCUGGGUGCGCAUCGAGCGCAUAGACGGCGUGGGCGCGGCGCGGCGCGGGUUCUGGCACGUGGCGCGCUCGACGCUGGGCGCGGCGCAGGGCGCGCGGGGGGCGCGCGCCGAGUGGGGCGGAGCCGCCGCGCGGGGGGCGGAGCGCCCGCGCUCGCUCGCCGCCGCGCUCUCCACCGCGCUCGCCGACAUAUGGAUGGACGAAGAAGGGAAACCGCAUCAAACUGUUUUAGCCAUAGAAAUAGAUAUUGAAGGCAACGAAGCAGAGAAAGACAGACUCCUCGCGUUCCUGAUCUACAUGAAGUCGCACGUGGUGUUCGUGGAGGACAACCCGCCGAGCCUGGACGAAUGACUGCCGACCAGCUGGCUGACCCCCGUCGCGUGCUGAGCCCACACGGUCGCAGGGGCCCGCUUGCGCUGGACACGGCCCCUGCUCCUUUGCGAUCUUUGAGUGUAGCGGUGCGUCGACCAGUAUAAGUGACCCCUGAGUUGUUGUUGCUAGUCAUAGAAGAGUUACAUUAGGGAUCUCAUUGGAUUGGUUCGGCGGCUAGCCUACUUGAUUUUUGGGACAUUUCAAAGAGUUAGCGUUGUUGUAAAGGUUAGUCGACCAGUCUCAAUGGUCCCGUGUUGUGGUGCGUUUGUUUUAAAGUAUAAGAGAUGAUGUUUGCGGCAGGGGUCAAGAUAUAUUGGUCGCCGUGCCUCGUAGAGCAUUGUGAUACGUAUAGGGGUUAAUAUAAACGGUCGGUCAACCAGCUGUUAUAUUAUGAUAGAGUAUUUGUAUAAGAAUGCUUUUGCAUGGAACUGUAUAGGAGUCGUUCUGGCUGACCUGUAUUUGCGUUUAUAUUAUUGCAGUACUUUGUAAUGGAGGUCAAGCUGGUUUAUUUGGGUCUUAAAGCUGGUAUUGGUACAAGCAAGGGUUCAAGUUAUGUUGGUUAUUAGACGUUAAGUGACGUUCACAAAUUAUAUCCUAGUCUAUUAAACUGAACGUUACUAUCGUUGAAUAGUAUCCUUUAUAAUGUUUUGAAAUGUAUGAUCAAUGUCAAUGGAGAAGCGAUUGUUACACUGAAUAGAAUGUACUAGAGAGUUGUAAUCUGAAAGCCUUCGCCAUUCUGUUUGCCUUUACCGUAAGAGAAGGAAUUAUUGUCUAUAAUAUAACAGUGUUUAAACUUAAGGUAUAUAAUGUAUUUUCCACGAACAAUUAAUGAGAAAAUGUAUUAUAACGGUCGAAUUGCGGUAAAGGUGCUGCGUUUAGGAAGGAAUUCUUGAAAACAGAAAUGUAUCUUGCAUCAAAUGAAGUAUAAGUCAGAGCCAAGAUUAACUAAUUUAAUCGGUUGGAUUGUGUAUAACGUAUGAAGAUACAGCUCGUUUAUGGGUGCUUUUAGAGUUGGAGAAAAUUGGUCGUUAUUGUAAUGUAGUAAGAUCGUAUUUUCUGAUUCGAUUAUAGGGGGUCGAGGUAUGAUGGCUGGGUCUUAAGAGAUACAGUACUCAUCAGUGAGGUUUCCAUGUGUCGAUAUAUCAACGGCAAAUUAUAAUGAAAUUACUGUGAACGGAAAA